AUGUCUCUUCAGUCUCCAUUGAUUGUUGAAGAAACAAAUCAGAACAGCAAGGAAGAAGAUAGAAGAGAAUUGAUUAAAGAAGUGAAAAAACAGUUAUGGCUAUCAGGACCGUUAAUUUCAGUUUCACUUUUGAAUUUUGGUAUAAAUCUCAUUUCAGUUAUGUUUGUUGGUCAUCUUGGUGAAUUGACUCUUUCGGGUGCUUCCAUGGCUACUUCUUUCGCUUCGGUCACUGGCUUCAGUUUAUUGGGAGGAAUGGCAAGUGGAUUGGACACAUUAUGUGGACAAUCAUAUGGCGCAAAGCAGUACGGCAUGUUAGGCAUACACACGCAGAGAGCAAUGUUCAUUAUCAUGAUCUUCGCGAUUCCCCUCGCGAUUAUUUGGGCAAACACAAGAUCUAUUCUCAUUUUACUUGGCCAAGAUCCUGAAAUAUCUACUGAGGCAGGAAACUAUGCUAGGUCAUUCAUUCCAGGCCUUUUUGGUUAUGGACUUCUACAAUGCCUCAACAGAUUCUUACAGACACAAAACAUUGUGUUUCCAAUGAUGUUUAGUUCCGCGGUUACGACAUUACUUCAUAUUCCUCUAUGUUGGAUUAUGGUAUACAAGUCUGGAUUAGGUGGCAGAGGUGCUGCCAUAGCAAAUUCAAUGUCUCAAUGGUUGAAUGUUAUUAUACUCUCACUUUAUAUCAAGUUUUCUCCUUCAUGUAAAAAAACUUGGACCGGAUUUUCCAAGGAGGCAUUAGCACUUAACAGCAUCCCUAUUUUUUUGAAGCUUGCUAUUCCUUCAACUCUAAUGGUUUGCUUGGAAAUGUGGUCAUAUGAGUUAAUAGUUCUCCUUUCUGGACUUCUUCCAAAUCCAAAGUUGGAAACAUCAGUACUUUCUAUCUGUUUGAAUACACAAGCAGCUAUUUGGAUGAUCCCAUUUGGACUUAGUGAAGCAAUAAGCAUUCGUGUUUCAAAUGAACUCGGGGCUGGUAAUCCACAGGCUGCACGUUUGGGAGUGUCUGUUGUAGUGGUGAUUGCCAUUAUUGAGAGCAUUUUAGUCGGAACAGUGAUAUUUCUUAUACGCAAUAUAUUGGGUUAUGCUUAUAGUAAUGAAGAAGAAGUUGUCAAAUAUGUAGCAACUUUGUUGCCAAUUCUCGCCCUAUCCCAUUUCCUUGACGGACUACAAUGUGUUCUUUCUGGCACGGCUAGAGGAUGUGGUCGGCAGGAAAUGGUUGCUUAUGUUAAUCUGGGAGCAUACUAUUUCGUUGGUGUACCAGCAGCCGUGGUAUUAGCUUUUGUAUUGCAUGUUGGUGGGAAGGGGCUGAUACUGGGGAUCAUAUGUGCGCUCAUUGUUCAAGUAUCCUCGCUAAUGAUCAUUACAAUACGCACUGAUUGGGAGAAAGAGACAAGGAAGGCUUCUGAUAGAGUCAAUGAUUCUAUAACAACAGAGAGUUUAGUCUCAUGA